GCUGCUCAUUGGUUGGUUGAUGAGCUGACAAUUUCUUUUCCCAACCGUAGCCGAUUGAUGUCGUGCUAGCAAAAUGGGUAAACCCCGUGGUAUACGCACAGCGCGUAAGCACGUGAACCAUCGUCGUGAGCAGCGAUGGGCUGACAAGGAGUUCAAGAAAGCCCACAUGGGCACCAGGUGGAAGGCUAACCCCUUCGGUGGUGCAUCUCACGCUAAGGGUAUCGUCCUGGAGAAAGUUGGUGUAGAAGCCAAGCAGCCUAACUCUGCCAUCCGCAAGUGUGUACGUGUCCAAUUGAUAAAAAAUGGCAAGAAGGUGACCGCGUUCGUGCCCCGUGACGGUUGUCUCAACCAUAUUGAGGAGAAUGAUGAAGUUCUAGUUGCAGGAUUCGGUCGUAAAGGUCACGCUGUUGGUGACAUUCCUGGAGUCAGGUUUAAGGUUGUCAAAGUUGCCAAUGUCUCGCUCCUAGCCCUGUACAAAGAAAAGAAGGAGAGACCAAGGUCAUAAACUGGCACUGUGAUAAGUGACCUGCUGGGAUGCCUGUUGUUUAUAAGUGUACACCAUAAAAUGUAAAAUCCAGUGCAUAAUAAAGUUUAUGCGCGCCAA